AUGAACUAAUUGACGUAAGAGGAAUUAGCUUAAACCAAUGGAAGGCUAGACAAUCAAAGCAAACUGUAUGUUUAACCAAAACUAUCUAGACUUCAAUUCUACUUAUUAAUGGCUUUCUACUUGAUAGCAGGUGGUAUGGUUACAAUAACUUUGAAAGUCCAAAACAUCUAAAUAAGUUAGGUUGAUGGUAAACCAUUCUAAUGGCAGCAUCCUUUCGUUUAAGUCUUGUUCAUGUUCAUUGGUGAAAUGACCUCUGGUUUAAUUUACAUAUCUCUCUUCAGGAAAUCUUUUAAAGCUCAAAGACUUUCAAGAAUGAGUAGCUUUGAUAAUACUCAGAAAGAAGUAGCAAAUCCAUUUGUAUAUGCUAUACCUGCUUCCACUGACACUAUUGCAUCUUUUAUGGUAUUUUUCGGUUUGACUUAGAUUCAGGCCAGUGUUUAUCAAAUGAUGAAAGGCUUUAUCGUAGUUGUUACCGCUAUCCUAUCCGUUGUAUUUUUGAAAAGACAGCAGUAUUAUCAUCACUUCAUUGGUAUCUUUUUAGUUGUACUUGGAGUCGGAACAGUAGGGUUUUCUGCUUACUUCAGAUCGAACGAAGCAGAGAGUAGUAAUUUGAUUAUGGGAAUGCUUUUUGUUUUGGGCGGUUAAACAUUCUAGGCUUUUCAUCUUGUGAUUUAAGACCACUAUCUUAAGAAAUAUGACAUUCAUUAGUUCUAGCUCAUUGGAUGGGAAGGAAUAUGGGGUAUUGUUAUUCUAUCUGUGCUUCUACCAAUAUUCUAAUAGAUACCAUGUGAUUAACCUUAUUGUGUAAACGGUAAAAUUGAAGAUUCAGUACUGGCUUUUAAUGAGAUUUUGUCGAAUUGGUACCUAGCUCUUUUUAUUUUCCUCUAUUUCCUUGCUAUUGCCUUUUAUAAUGGACUUGGAAUCACUAUUACCAAAUACGCUUCUUGCGUUCAUUAGACAGUAACCGACCAAUCUAGAGUUUUGCUAGUGUGGACAUUCUUUAUCCUCUACCCUGGCAUUGCUUAAGAAGAAUUCAGAACUUUGCAAUUCCUUGGCUUUUGUAUUAUUGUCACAGGAAACUUCAUCUACAAUGAGAUCAUCAGAUUAAAUAAGGAGUCUAAAAUGUUCAAAGAUGAUGAUGAGUUGCUUGAAAAUGACUCAAAUGAAUUCUAGUAAACAUCCAAAUAAUCUCUCAUCCCUAAAAAUUAAUUGCAAUGA